GCAGAAGUUGCACUAUGUAUGGCCUGACCUGCAUGAUGAGUGAUGUGCUUGUGGCGACAUUGGGCUCCUUGGACUGCAGCUGACGGUGGGAAUAGUUGAGUCCGUCCCAGGACGCGCUGACCAUGUUGACCACGUUAGCAUGGACCACCGUGAAGUAGCCUCUAAGCCGAGAUGCCCCGCUCUGCAGCCAAGUCCCAAGCUGAAAAGCAAAGACCCAAGUCGUCUGUCCCAGUGAACACACCUCCAAUGCCAGACCUGAAAGUGGAAGAUAUAAUCCCUGGUCGCUUAACACAGGCCCAAUGGACAGACAUGUUGAUCCGAGAAGAUGCAGAUGAGGCAGUGCCGGUGAUCAUGGAGGACGUGUUGAGCAAGGUCAUGGAACGCUGUCUUGAAUUAAAAAUUGAAAGACAGCUAGUACCUUUCUCCGCAUCCUGGGCCAAGAGCUACCUCACACAUAUUCUAGAGCAGCAAAUCCUGUGUGCAGAUGAAGGAGAAGCACCAGAGGAAGCAGCUAAAACAGAAGACUCAGAGCCUAUUCCAACUUCAGAUGCCUGGGUUCAAGGAUGUGUGCCUGUUGUAAAUGCUACACCUCACCCCGCCACACCACAGGAGGCUGACAUUGACCAGGUCCCAGUACAAACAGAGCCACGAGUUGAUCUAUGUAAUGUUAAGUCCCAAACAAAAAGCUCUCCAAAGCAAUCUGAAAAGAAAACAAAUCACAGGAAACAUGUCCGUUACGAGUGCUUUAGAGUGCAUAGUCCUCGCCCCUCGACAAAAAUCGGUCUAAGAAAAAAGCAGCAGGUUGAACUACCUCCCGUGUCUGUUCCAGGCAAAUUACUGCCACCCCUGUCCUGUUCAGCAGAAAAAGAGGAUGUGGAUGUAGGAGGUAAAAAUGGGUCACGUUCUGUUUACAACCACAGGACUGGAUCGUUAUAUCAGCAUAAGAACUUCCAACCCAUACCAAGGCUUGAUCCCUCCUGUCUGCCUCGACACUGCAUCUUUCCUCAGUAUGAGAUUGUGGAUAGCAACUACACAAAACCCAACUCCAAGAAAGCAAAUGGACUAUCCAAACUAGAGCCAAGAUAUAACAAGAAGCAAACUGAGACAGGUACCUCACUGAAGCAACUAACCAGCUCCAAGGAUCAGCCAGCAAAGUUUCAGAGGAGAAACGAGGCAGAUGUCUGGCUGAAGACAUUGUGUCCUUCUACACAUAGAAAUGAAGGGAUUGUGUCCUCUCAGUCUCUGAGGCUGGACACAAUGGUUUUGGCCAAGGGUGUUUCUCUGUUGGAUCCCCAGGCAAUUGAAAAUAACUCUCUCAAAUGUUACCCUCCUACCCAGUCUUCCAAGCUGAGUCCGAUACGAAGUGAUGCAGCUGUGCCACUGUUUUCCGUUGAUCAGUUUACUACAGGUCCACCACCUCAGGUCACCCCAUUGUUUCAGUCCAAGGACUAUAACUUUAAGAUGUAGUUAUACAUGUCUAUGGCUGUAUUUACAGCAGAAUGAUCUUUAUGUUAAGGAAAUAAAAAUAUCCUUCUAAUAUAAGGACAUAUCACAUAGUGUAGGCAAAAAAAACAAAAUUCUGACUCAAUCCAUUUUUCCCUCCAUGUAUUUAUUGCAACUCCACAUUUGCAAUACAGUAGUGAGGUACACUUGUUCACAUAUU